GGGGCAACGAGAAACAAACAAAUAAAUAAACACACACAAAAGCUCUGCGUUCCUGUGUUUUGGACGGUUGACUUGACAGUGCUGAUUUAUAUUUGAAGCUGCCACCAUGUCUUACAGAGACCUAAGGAAUUUUGCAGAAAUGAUGAGAGCUCUAGGAUACACAAGGCUUAUAUCUACAGAAAAUUUUCGGAAUCCCAAUUUCCCACUUGUAGCUGAAAUUUUAAUAUGGCUUGUUAAAAGAUUUGAUCCAGAAGCAGAUGUACCAUUGGAGUAUAAUACUGACACAGAAAGGGUUAAACUGAUACGAUUAGCUGCUCAGUUUAUGGCUUCAAAAGUCAAUAUAAAGUUAAACACCAAAAAUCUUUACCAAGCUGAUGGAUACGCUGUACGGGAGCUCCUCAAAGCUACAUCAGUUUUGUAUGGUGCUCUACGUUUCAAUAUGAAAAAUGUAGAUGACGAUGAUGAAAGUGAUCGAAGUACUGUAUGUGACAUCGUGGCAAAGGCAAAUGAAAUAAAAAAAGUUAGAUCACUAGCUUCAGAGAUAACUGCUAAAGGAGCGGCUCUUUAUGACUUACUGGGAAAAGAAGUUGAGAUGAGAGAAGCGCGCAAUAGUUGCAUAGCAAAGCAGAUGGAAAUUGGGGAACUUGAAGAGGCUAUGAAGAAAGCUGUUGAAACGUUAAAAUCAGACAUAAACAAUAUAAAACAGCUCAUAGAAAACGUUUCAACAGGUGAGGCAAGUCUUGACUCCAAAAUUGAAAAGAAACGGAUUGAACUGGACAGAAACAGUAAACGAUUGCAAACUCUGAGGAAAGUGAGACCUGCUUUCAUGGAGGAGUUUGAACACUUAGAGGCAGUGCUGCGCGACCUCUAUACAGACUAUGUGGUACGGUUUCGCAGCUUAGCCUAUUUGGAACAGCAACAAGAAGAUGCUGAGCUUGCAGAACAGGAACGCAUGGAAGAGCAACAGGAAGCAACAAAAAGACUAAUAGAAAAAAUGAAACAAGAAGAAAAACUGCUAGAUGAGCCAUGUGAUUUAUUGGUUGGGGAAGUCAGAGAGGAGCAGGACCUUAGUACUAAACCUCUUGGGAAAACAAGCAGAGUCAGAAUUCAGACAGCCUCAAGAGUAAUGCGCAAAGCAUCUGCACGUCGUGUCUUUGGUAGUAUGAAUGGCCCUGCCGAAGAUGACGACGAUGAUGAUGAUAGCCUAGAUUCAGAUUCAGAUCUCCUACUUGAUGGUGAUGGAUCAGAGCUUCUGGGAACUGAUGAGGAAGAGGAUGAAGUUCUUGGCCUCGGAGUUGACUCACGGACAAAGCAAGCAGAUAUACACAGUGAUGAUGAUUUCUGAAUUCUUCACAGAGAAAUACAGCUAGCUUGUGCCUACAUAAUAGUUUUUGCUUUGUAGUCAUUUCUACACUCUUACAUUUGGUUUGUACGAGACUUAGAGAAGCACUCAUAAAAACAUUUCUUCAAAUCAAAAUUUCUUUUUACGAGAAAGAGAAAUAAUUAAACUAUUUUUCUAUGUAUUUGCUGCCAUUGUUCAGACAUUCAUCAUAGUGGGAAGCCAACUUUUUUUUACACCUUCUUUGUAGAGAAAUGAUGCCAGCAAAGACAGCCACUGUUUUUUGUGUAAUCAUCACUGUUAAAGAGCCUUCCUCCAAAAUCGUGCUUUGGGUUAAGGAACAAGUAGUUGUCUCGGAAGGUGAAAAAUAGGGCUGUAUAGCAAGUGAUUGAACUGCUCCCCACUGACAUGAUGAGUAAGCAAACAGAACAGCGAUGAUGUCGUGAAGCAAUACAAUGCCUUGACUGAACAUUCCAUGCCUUUUGUUUUGAAUUGCCCCAGUUUCACACCUUAUGAUUACCACUUGUUGAAGCAUGGUUUUUGGAGUAAGGCACUUUGACAGCAGUUGCGAUGCAAAAAAUGGUGUUCAGCAGUGGCUGUCUUCAUUGGUGGCAUCGUUCUAUGAAGAGGGCAGGAAAAAGUUGGUUUCUCACUAUGGAAGAUGUAUGAACAAUGGUGGCAACUAUGUGGAAAAAUAGUUUAAGAAAUGAUAUUUCUUGUAAAGAUAAAUUUUGGUUUGAAAGAAUAUUGUUAUGAGUUUAUUCCAAAACGUAUUUUCUUUCCAGACACAUCUCAUAUCAUUUCACACUACUUGUUAUGCCAAUAUGCCGAAAUACGUUUAAUAUAGCUGUAACUCAGAUCUUAUCAUAUAGACUGACAGCGUUAAAAUUAUGAAUUUUAUUAAAUGUUGAUGUUAAAUCACAAACAUUUGAAUUUCACAUGUUUGCCCUGUGUAACGUUUCAAUA